AGGGUUUCACCAUGUUGGUCAGGCUGGUCUCGAACUCCUGACCUCAGAUGAUCCACCCGCCUGGGCCUCCCAUAGUGCUGGGAUUACAGGCGUGAGCCAUGGGCCUGGCAGGGACCCUGCCUUGGAAGUAUUGUGAUAGCAACCACGCACGUUGUGCUCUGUCCUUGGUCCUGAAGAGAUCAGCGUAAUGUUUCUUGGGACCAGGGACACUGGUUAGUGACUCUUCUCUCGGUAACUCUGAACCAGGUGAGAAUUGUCAUUUUUAACCUUGAGGUAUAGCAGUACUGUUUGCAUCUUGCAGCCCUCCUCUCCUGUGUGAGUGCUGGCUGUACUCACUCUCCAGGGAUUGUAGUUAUAGCUACCCGACUCCACAUAGCAAGCCUGCAGGGCACACCUACCAGCCUUGACCCCACCACACCCAGUGAGCACAUAUUUUGUUUGCUACCCCCUCCAAAUUCAUGGCCUAUCCCCAUCAUGGCAAUGGAUGUCAGAUGGGAGGUUAAUGGCUUGCCAAAUAAGCAGAACCCUAUCUUGGUCUCCCAACCUAAAUUGCUUAAUACAUGCAUUUUUGAGAGUUGUAUCUUUCCACCAAUCACAAGGUAAUUUCUUUCUUUUUGAAAAUGGCAAGGAAAACACCCCCAACCCACUCUCUUCACACUUGUGAGAGCUGCAUGAGCUGAAAGUGACUCUUCCCAAAACUCUUCUAAGCUUGAGAAGCUGGAGACUUCAGCAUGAGACUGGGGUGUGACAGCUUGGUCUGCUCUGGCAUCAGAAGGGAGGGAAAGUGAGUCCUUGGAGGUCUUCAUACUCCAGGAGAGCUCCCAAGAGACAUGCAAGAGUGGCAACCAGGCCUCUGUUUGACCCUGUUGCGGCAUCUUGGUGCUAAGUGGGGUGAAGGGAGAGAACACACACUCUGCCUGGUCCCCGCCGGGCUCUGCAACCCGUGUCCUCUUCCCCCACCCAUGCCUCCCAGCAAACUGUUUCCCAUCAGCAGCUGCAGAAUGAGGUCAUGUCUGGCCUGUUACAAGAACCAGAAUGAAGGAUGGAGCAGAAGUUGGAUUGGGGCGGCAAGAAGGGAGCAUCAGAGUGGAGACUUCAGGGAGAUCAGAGCCCAGCUUGCCAGGCACUGAGCUAGAAGCCCUGCCAUGGCACCCCUGAGACCCCUUCUCAUACUGGCCCUGCUGGCAUGGGUUGCUCUGGCUGACCAAGAGUCAUGCAAGGGCCGCUGCACUGAGGGCUUCAACGCCAACAAGAAGUGCCAGUGUGACGAGCUCUGCUCUUACUACCAGAGCUGCUGCACAGACUAUGUGGCCGAGUGCAAGCCCCAAGUGACUCGGGGGGAUGUGUUCACUAUGCCGGAGGAUGAGUACGCGGUCUAUGACGAUGGUGAGGAGAAAAACAAUGCCACCGUCCACGAACAGCUGGGGGGCCCCUCCCUGACCUCUGACCUCCAGGCCCAGCCCGAAGGGAAUCCUGAGCAGGCACCUGUUCUGAACCCUGAGGAAGAGGCCCCUGCGCCUGAGGUGGGCACCUCUAAGCCUGAGUGGAUGGACCCAAAGCCUGGGACCCUUCAUCCAGGGAGCGCUCAGCCCGCAGCAGAGGAGGAGCUGUGCAGUGGGAAGCCCUUCGACGCCUUCACCGACCUCAAGAACGGUUCCCUCUUUGCCUUCCGAGGGCAGUACUGCUACGAACUGGAUGAAAAGGCAGUGAGGCCUGGGUACCCCAAGCUUAUCCAAGAUGUCUGGGGCAUCGAGGGCCCCAUCGAUGCUGCCUUCACCCGCAUCAACUGUCAGGGGAAGACCUACCUCUUCAAGGGUAGUCAGUACUGGCGCUUUGAGGAUGGUAUCCUGGACCCUGAUUACCCCCGAAAUAUCUCUGAUGGCUUCGAUGGCAUCCCAGACAACGUGGAUGCAGCCUUGGCCCUCCCUGCCCACAGCUACAGUGGCCGGGAGCGGGUCUACUUCUUCAAGGGGAAACAGUACUGGGAGUACCAGUUCCAGCACCAGCCCAGUCAGGAGGAGUGUGAAGGCAGCUCCCUGUCGGCUGUGUUUGAACACUUUGCCAUCAUGCAGCGGGACAGCUGGGAGGACAUCUUCGAGCUUCUCUUCUGGGGCAGAACCUCUGCCGGUACCAGACAGCCCCAGUUCAUUAGCCGGGACUGGCACGGUGUGCCAGGGCAAGUGGAUGCAGCCAUGGCUGGCCACAUCUACAUCUCAGGCAUGGCACCCCGCCCCUCCUUGGCCAAGAAGCAAAAGUUUAGGCGUCGCAACCGCAAAGGCUACCGUUCACACCGAGGCCACAGCCGUGGCCGCGACCAGAAUUCCCGCCGGCCAUCCCGCGCCACGUGGCUGUCCUUGUUCUCCAGUGAGGAGAGCAACUUGGGAGCCAACAACUAUGAUGACUACAGGAUGGACUGGCUUGUGCCUGCCACCUGUGAACCCAUCCAGAGUGUCUUCUUCUUCUCUGGAGACAAGUACUACCGAGUCAACCUUCGCACACGGCGAGUGGACACUGUGGACCCUCCCUACCCACGCUCCAUCGCUCAAUACUGGCUGGGCUGCCCAGCUCCUGGCCAUCUGUAGGAGUCAGAGCCCCCAUGGCUGGGCCCUCUGUAGCUCCCUCCUCCAAUCUCCUUCCCCCAGCCCAAUAAAGGUCCCUUAGCCCUGAGUUUAAAA